GUGACGUAAGAGGGCAGCGGAAGUGUUCGCUUAGAGAAGAAAAGAUGGCGAACCUUGUGGAGGCGACGAGCCAGAAGCAGUUUGAGGAGAUUCUCUCCAAAGCUGGCAGCCGCCUGACCGUGGUUCAUUUCCACGCCGCGUGGGCUCCUCAGUGCGGCCAGAUGAACGAAGUGAUGGCGGAGCUGGCCAAGGAGCACAGCUCCGCCAUCUUCCUCCGGCUGGAGGCGGAGGCCGUCCUGGAGGUGUCGGAGAAGUAUGAGAUCUCCUCGGUGCCCACCUUCCUGUUCUUCAGGGCCGGGGAGAAGGUGGAGCGGCUGGACGGAGCCCACGCUGCCGAGCUGACCGCCAAGGUGCGUCGGCUGGCGGGGAGCGGCGGCCCGGGGGGAGCCGCGGAGGCUCCGGGUCUGGAGGAGCGGCUGAAGAAGCUGGUGAGGGCGGCCCCCUGCAUGCUGUUCAUGAAGGGCUCUCCUCAGGAGCCCCGCUGCGGCUUCAGCCGGCAGCUGGUGGGGCUCCUCAAGGAGCACCACGUCACCUUCAGCAGCUUCGACAUCCUGCAGGAUGAGGAGGUCCGCCAGGGCCUGAAGACCUUCUCCAACUGGCCCACCUACCCCCAGCUCUAUGUGGACGGGGAGCUGGUGGGGGGCCUGGACAUCGUGAAGGAGCUGGCUGCUUCCGGGGAGCUGGAGAACAUCUGCCCCAAGGAGGUGAGCCUGGAGCAGCGGCUGCAGGCCGCCAUCAACCGGGGCCCCGUCAUGCUGUUCAUGAAGGGCACCAAGGAGGCCCCCCGGUGCGGCUUCAGCAGGCAGAUCCUGGAGAUCCUGAACGGGACGGGGCUGGACUACGACACCUUCGACAUCCUGCAGGAUGAGGAGGUCCGCCAGGGCCUGAAGACCUUCUCCAACUGGCCCACCUACCCCCAGCUCUACGUCAGGGGCCAACUGAUCGGGGGCCUGGACAUCGUCAAGGAGCUGAAGGAGAGCGGGGAGCUGGUCUCCGUUCUGAGGGGCGAGUCUUAGGGGGGAGCAGAGGACACUGAAGGGCCCCAGACAGCAGGGGCCCCAAAAAGCAAAGGAGAAAAUUAGUUCUGGAUUGUUUUUCUCUAGAAGACCCAUAAUGCAUCACUUCAGUAAAGCCAGAUUCUGCUGGAAGCACAAAGGAAAUUUUCAUCUUUCACCUCCUGCUGUUUCACCUCCUCCAGUUUAGUAAACAACUCCUCAUCCUCUCUUUGGCUCCUGGGAUCUUCCUGUCAUUCCUCCUAAAACAAUCAUUAAACCGUCUCUAAGGACCUGCA